AUGUCUGGCUUCGAGAUAGCCGGAAUUGUCCUCGGGUCAAUACCUCUCGUCAUAUCGACCUUGGAACACUAUGGCGACGGUUUAUCAGCGCUCCAGCGAUGGCGGCGAUAUCGGCGCGAGGUCCACUGCCUCACCAGGAAUCUCGAAACCGAGCGCGUCAAACUCCAAAACGUGUGCGAGAAGCUACUCGUCGACAUCGUGCCACCGUCGCGUAUCGAGACUAUGAUCAAUGACCCGAUGGGAAACCUCUGGCGAGAAGAGGCAACACAGAGAAAGGUCCGGGUCCGGCUUUGGAAAGGAUUCGACGCCUUUGAAUCCACUAUUGGCGACGUUCAGACGGCGGUCAGCGAAAUGAACAAACGUAUCACCUCUCAAUGUGGGCCGCAGGCAUCAGAGCUCAAACGGGCAAUUUUUACUUUGAGCCGCUCACAAUACACGGACCUUCUUUCAACAAUACGGGACGGAAUAUCGAAUCUCGAGAACCUUACCGAUCGCAAUAUGGAGCUCGAACCGGCGCGGAGGCUGCGAUCCCAAGGCAGGUUCCUCAUGCUCCUCCGGGAGAUGUCGAAAAGUAUAUAUCGCGCCCUGAGGUUCGGCCUGGACUGCUCCUGUGGUCACGAUGUUGGCCUCCGGCUAGAGAGCCGGUCGGCUAACUUCAUUCCGACCGAUGACGAUGAGAAGAUCAUGAGUGACACAGCAUUCAAGCUUGCCCUCUCAUAUCGCUCGAGCCAGGAAUACCCCGAGACAGCGGCAUGGGAUGAAAACGCGAAGAUUUGGGAGGAAAUCCGACGUCUCGUGGAUCAGAAGAUCCCGAGCUCCAAUUACAGCACGGCUGUUACGCGUUUGAUUGGGGGCAGCAGCAAGUUAGAUGCUUCGGGCCUAGAGAGCGAGGACUUUUGCCAGGAAAUCUAUUCAGGGGUGGUAGCAUUACUAGAGAAGGACUUGGCAUAUAGCUAA